AUGAGGACCUUAUUACUUGCAGUCUUGUUUGGGUUCAUUAUGAUGGUGACCGUGGUGGAUGCUGGUGCAGUGAAGGAGGAGGAUGAGCAAAGAGGAAAGGGAAAACGCUAUCUACUGAGUGAAACUAUUCUUGGUCGAAAGGGCAUGGGAAGCGACACGAAUGACCACCCCAUGAAGGAUUCUGCAAGUGCAAACACCAAUACUGCUGCUUCUGUCAAUGGUAACAAAGGAAAUAAUAACGAUGACACGAAUGACAGUUAUCAGAACUAUAGCAAUGGUUCAGGACCAGUCGUUAACAGCCACCACUAUUUCCAUAUUCGCACUCCACCCAUUCACGGUUAG